CAAAAAGAAAAACCACUUACAUCACAUUUCAACAGUAUUUACCUUUUCUUUUUUUUGAAGACCAAAGUGCCAUGAGAACGAUACCAGAAGAGUUAAUACAAUACAGGUUACCACGCGGUUACAUACCAGAUAAAGAUCAAAUUAGCAGAAUAGUAGCCCAGGAUCAGUUUAUUAUUGAUCUGAUCACCACUUCGCUUCUGAGAGUUCCUUCAGGCACUUAUAAGGCUGGCGACAAUAUGUUUAUCGAUGGCACAGAGUGUGAAGCUCUUUAUAUACCUCAUUCAUCAGAUCUUGUAGACUUACCUCCUGUAUUUAUAUGUCGAGCCGUCCAGUACUGCCUGAAUGUGUACAAGCGUUUCCACAUUUCAUCAAUUUUAUUCAUCUCCAAAACUCUGAGAGACCUCCUCGAACCUGUCAAAAACAAGUCUAACCUCUUAGAAACACCUUGCUGCCACUUCGCAACUAGUUGCUUCAUGCUGACCAAACAGAACGUCAAUCCUUUUAUUGACAAUCACGAUACCAAGAAAUUGGAUCCUUUGGUUGUCUUUGUCCAUUUCUUGAGCUCUGGCCAGCAAAACAUAAUCAAGAAUGAUAAAGUCGAAGCGUUACAAACGAUUUGUCAAGCAACACAAAAUCAAUUUGAGAAAAUAAUGACAACCGUUUUCGACAACCCCAGCCGAGCGCAUCAAUACGCAGAAGCAGGACGGCACUAUAGCGCAAUCUUAAAAAUUAAACAAUACACCUCCAGAAGCAACAACACCAAUGGAGCUUCCUAAAGACUUUGACGGCGCUUCUAGUUCUAUAAAUUCCAAAUACAAAGAUUUGAUUGCAUUCAUCGAUGCUUGGAGCAGAAUAACAAAGGUCGAAUGAAUUGGUCUGCCUGUUGGGAAGAUGGAAAGAAAAAAGGUCUGUUCAAUGAGUACUCAAAUACCCAUAGCUUGAAGAAUAUAUACCACAGAGCAAAAAAUGAUACCUAAUCACCAUUAGCACCGUUUAUAUGAC